AUGUUUCGCCUUUUUUCCAUAAUCGCUUUACUCAUUGCAGCCCUGGGAUCUGUUGGUCUCGCUCGGCCACUGGAAAAGCGUACUGAAGAGUUUGGCAUAUACGCCUUUGGCGACAAAAUCAGUGGACUGCAGAUUUACUAUUCAAAUGGUGCCGCCUUGAUAGGCGAUCCAACUCAAUCCAAGAACUCAACCGACGUGCUGCCGGUCACCUGUGCGUAUCUCCCCCCCCCCCCCGGCACUUGGGCCGCCUUGAUGCAGAAUGUAUGUCCACCCGUGUACUCAUUCCUCGUUAACUUAGUCACGGUUUCUGGCUCGGAUGGAAACACCUUUACUGUGCACUCCGAGAGCAAGGCCAAGUCUUUGACUGACCAAGCCCUUUACAUAUCGAAUGAUGGAUCAGACAAAGUCGGCUUUUCCUCAUCUACCGAACGGAGCAGUGGAAAGUUAACCGACAUUUGGUGGCUAUACGGACGUUACGUUAUGACCAACGUCGAAGGAGCAACCUUCUACGCCGAGCCAACUUCUGACGGGUGGUAUACUUUGUCGUGGAGUUCGGCAGAUCAAACAGGAACGAAUAAGGUACUGGUCACACUGCGUACUAUUGAGCCCUCAACCACUUCUGUUUUGGCCUGA